AGGGGCGGGCUCAAGAGGGCAGCCUAAAGGACACGUUCCACUCCCCGUCUUUUUCCGUCUACUGAAGUUUCGGCUUCUCCGCAAUCCUUCGGAAGGCCACCAUGCUUCCUGAAUCCUUGCUGUCUGUGGCCAACAAGGACCUGUGGAGAUAUGCCUUGGACCGUGAUCGGCAAGUGAAACUCUUCGAAGUCGAGGAGCUGAGUAGUUGGGCCACCUUCGGCGCGGUCUUCCUCGCCCUCAUUAUGUUCGACAACUUCUUCUUGAACAAGAACGCUGAGGAGUUGACCAUUGGCCGUGCCCUCCGCUACACCCUCUUCUGGAUCUCCACCGCCUUCGCCUUUUGUGGCUGGGUGUGGUAUACCUACGGAAGGAACGGCGCCUUCAUGUGGAUGAGUGGUUACAUGCUCGAGUGGCUCUUGUCCUUUGACAACUUGUUUGUCUUCCAUCUGAUCUUCAACCUCUACGGCACGCCAGACCACCUGAAGCAUCGCCCCCUCUACCUGGGGAUUUGCGGUGCCGUGAUCUUCAGGCUACUGUUCAUCUUCGUGGGCGAGUACAUGAUGCAUGCCAUGCUCUUUAUGCACUUCGUCUUCGGAACCUUCCUGGUCUACACUGGCAUCAAGACCCUGACUUCUGACGAUGAGGAUGAGGAUCCAUCGCAGAAUCCCAUGGUGAAGUGGCUGCAAGACAAGGUUCCCUUUGUGAAUGUCUACGACAACAAUGGCGCGUUCUUCGUGCGAGUCCCUGUGUCCGAGGAGUGGAGUGCGCCCAAGGACACGGAGGCUGCCAAGAUUUCGGAUGAGGGUGAGGGUGCGACCUACGGCACCGUUGAUUUCUCGUCCUACAAGCUCGCGGGAGGAGGCGACCGCAGGCAUACCUGGGAGUUCCGUGCCACAAUGCUCUUCCUGGUGGUGUGCUGUUUGGAGAUCAGUGACCUCAUCUUCGCGGUGGACUCGGUGAGCGCCAUCGUGGCGCAGGUGAACGACCUCUUCUUGGCGUAUACCUCCGCGGUCUUCGCGAUGCUCGGGCUCCGGGCCACGUUCUUCAUCAUCGAUGUCCUCGUGCACAUGUUCGAGCUCCUCAAGUACGGUGUGUCCGCCGUUCUCGUUUUCAUUGGCGUGAAACUCAUCUUGGCACACCACUACACCAUCGAGCCGCACAUCGUGGUCUUCGUGCUGAUCGGCUGCAUCGGGGCCUCGAUGGUGGCCUCCGUCUUGAAGGCGGAGAUGGAGAAGAAGAUGCAAGGAUUGGCACCGGAGGAUGUGAUGAAGCGCGUGGAGCAGGUGAAGGAACGGACGACGCCGCUGACGUCGCCCUUCGUGCCCGCUGCACUCCCGGCACAGUGAGCCGCAGAAAGAGCCGUGGCACGACGGAUCAACAAGAUCCGGUGCUUUUGGUUCAGCGAAUGGAAGCAAAAGGAGAACGAGC